AUGCUGUAUGAGGGCCGCGUCGUCAUGGAGUGCCGGCGGUGCGGCGGACUGGGCGGACCUUCGUUCCACGAGGCGGCGGCCGCAGGCCAGAAGCCUUCCGCUCCUGCAAGCGGCGCAGCCACAGCGGCGUCUGCAGACGCUGCGAGCGCGACCUCUGCCGACCGAGCCGCGGGCGGGGGCCCUUCUGGAGGCAGCCGCCCCGCGGGGGGAUGUGGGGACGACGACGGAAGAGAAACGGGGAUUUGCGUAGGAGGCAACCGGCGUAUUUUCACGCGGUGCUGGCACUGCACAUGGGAACUCAGCAAGUGCGCCGAAAUGCUCAAAGGCAACAGUGAGGCGGCGAUCGACGGCGUUCUGUACAAGAAGGGAAAGCAUCUGCACCAGUGGCAAGCGCGCUACUACGUCCUCGUGGACAACAUGCUCUACUACUACCGCCGCAAGGGCGACGCCAAGCCGCGGGGCUUCAUGUUCCUUGAGGGCUGCUACGUCGAGCUGCUCUCUGAGCAGCUGGGUGGCCGGCAGUACGGCUUUGCCAUCGUGCAUCCGAAGGGAGAGACCGUGAGCAAGCGGCUUCUCUUUGCGAACUCUGCCAAGGAACAAAAAGAGUGGGUCGACGCGCUCCGCGUGGCCACCAAGCAGCAGGCGCUGGAGCAGCUUUAUCAAGUGGGCGAGCAGCUGGGGCACGGCAAGUUUUCGAUUGUGUACAAAGGAAUCCACCGCGAGACGAACGAGCUGUACGCGAUCAAAGUCAUCGACAAAGGAAAGAUCAACGGGCACGAGCGCGAGCUUCUCAGAAGCGAGAUGGCCAUCCUGCGGCUCCUCAAUCACCCCAACGUCAUAUAUAUGAAGGAGCUGCUCGACACCAAGGAGACCUUGUACAUUGUCAUGGAACUCGUCAGAGGGGGCGAGCUCUUCGACCUCAUUCAGCAGAAUCAUCGUCUCCCCGAGCUUCACGUCAACCGCAUCAUCAGCCAGCUGCUGAGCACCGUGUACUACCUGCACAAGUGUGGCAUCGUGCAUCGAGACCUCAAGCCGGAAAACAUUUUGCUGACGGAUCGGACUCCCAACGCCACGAUCAAACUCACUGACUUUGGCCUCUCGACGCUGUGUGCACCUAACGAGGUCCUCCACCAGCCCUGCGGCACGCUCGCGUACGUCGCGCCGGAAGUGUUGACGAUGGAAGGCUAUAAUCACCAGGUGGAUGUUUGGUCGAUUGGCGUGAUCAUGUAUCUCCUUCUUCGCGGGCGUUUGCCCUUCCCCAUCAGCAAGACGAUCGGGCACCCGAGCUUUUUCGAGAACACGCCUGUCUCAUUUGACGGCCCCGUGUGGCGAGAAAUCAGCAGCAGUGCGAAGGACUUGGUUCUGCGCAUGCUUCAACCGGAUCCUCGGCGGCGAAUCACUGUCGCAGAGGCUCUGCAGCAUAUCUGGGUCAAGAACCCGACCGCAGUGGUGAAUGACGGCUCCAAGAGUAUUGAAGUCUACAUCAGCCAUUUGGACGAAGUCCGGCAUCCGCGGCGGUAUGUCGACGAGCCGCCGCUGGCGGCCUGCUCCGACGCGCCGACCUUCACGAUUCCGAAGAAUGCGGCAGUUAAGACUCUCCAGGCUCCUCUGCCUCCUCCCGCUUCAUCGGGAUCGCCUCCGGCUCUCCGACCGCCGGUUCCGCAGUCACCAGCCUCAGCUCUGCCGUCCGUGCCGCCUCCACAGGCUCUGCCUGUUACGCAGUCUGCGAGGCAUGUAUCCGCUCCCGCCCCCCCUUCUGCUCAUCCAUUUCUCCUUGUUCCUGUCUCGGAUCCUAUGCCAAUGGCGCCUGUCGGCCUCUCGACCGCGGUACCCGGCGCGACCCUUCCGGGUGCGGCAGCGGGAAUCGCUGGAGCUCCAGUCUCCGCGACCGCGGCGCCGGCGGCUGCGCCCCCGCUGGCCCGCGCCGAGGCGGAAGACGCGGCCAUGGCCAUGAACGUCGGGAUGGCUGCAGCUGCGGCGGCUGUAUCGGCGCCUCCUCGCUCUGUUCACGCAGGGAAAACAGAAAUGACUGCUUCGAAAAGUGGAGACAGCGCGGCGUCGCUCGUGGCUUGGAGAGGGGCUGAGGAGGAGCCGCGGGGACGGGAAGAGCGGGGCUUGCCACAGGGACCCAGUUCCACGGAAGAAGCCCGUGUGUCUGGUUAUUCGCCUGGAAGCGCUUCUAGGGCGCCGCGCGCUAUCGUGCCAGAAGAAGAAAGUGGGAUGGGUGGCUUGGCCUCUGGAAAGACUUCUGCUGCGUUGGCCAACGCCUGUAGUCCUGGCUCGGCAGCGGCAAGGAGUUCUUCACUGGCUCCUGCGAGCAGCCGCGCACCGCCUUCCGCUGCUGCAGCUGGCGUAGCGAUGUCGCCCCCUCCUUGCUCCGCGUAUGGAACCCCAGGGACGGCGUUGGACGGAGUGAAGACGGCCACGCGGCAGGACGAAGCCUUCCUCACACCUGCGGAAAUGCCACAGACGUCGCCUGCUGGCGGCCCGAAUGCAUCUCCCCUCCCGCGACCUGUGGAGCCGCUCUCUGGGGCUGGCAUCGAGGAACAUCAACGCCCGUUGAGCUAG